CUGGAGAUGGGUACCUAUGAGGUGUCUUGCCCUGUAGCCCAGAAGACACAGUCUUACAUGUCAACUGCCAUUCAACACCUGGAAUGUCACUUUCUGAAGAAGCAACUAGAAAGCAGCAAGCUACCCACUGUGGUGAAAAAAUCUCAGGAAGUCUUCAGCCCAGGUCCUCCAGACCUUCCCCAGGGUGGCUGAAUGCUAGAAGCACAUAUCAUAAGGCUUGGGGUGAAGCACCGGUGGGGCCUCCCCCUCAAGGUUCUCAAGCCUAUAAACCUCUUCAAGUUGAAGAAGGGCUUCCUCCUCUCCCGGUCCUUCCCUCCCUGCUCAUCCACCUGUGUAUCCAAGGCCGGCAUGGGGCCUAAGUUCGUGGGAAAUCCUUCUCAGCCCUAUCAAGAAGAGGUGAUGAAGAGUCUUAUCCCACCUGGUAGGGGUUUCCUUGGUGCUCCCCAGCCUAAGUGUGAGGAAAUCCAUCAGGCUCUGGAAGGGACCUGACCUGGUGGUAGCCCUCCUGACUGGACAGGGGGCCAGGCCACCUUCUUGGACCUUCACAUACAGCUUUGUGGGCAGAAUCUGGCACAGUGAGACUGUCUCAAGGACUCUUAUGAACAGCACCUUGGCAUCAAGUCCAAGUCCACAACAGCUACGAAGGAGCCAGGGAGGGCUAAUAGGGGUCGGGUCUAAUGGGACGUGACAGUGCUAGAGCUCAACUUAGCAUCCCAUGAUUUGAGUGCCAAAGAGCCCGGGGAGGCUGGGGAGGUCGAGGAGGCCCCUGCCUGGGGAGUCACAGAACCCCGUGUGCUGGCCAACAACCAAGGCCUCCAUGGUGAACUGAGAAGAUCAGGGUCUUCAUGGAAAAGCGACAGCCCCCUGCAACCUACAAAGUUGGUCACCCGAGACCCAGAAGAGCUACGCCUUGAGGCACGGCACAGGGGAUCGGAGCCCCGGAAGUUGAUGGGGUCAGAGAAUUGGCCUCAUGAUGCCACCCCCAACGUGCUCCUUCAAGACUGUGAAACUAGGGUCCUCCUUCAGGACUGUGCCACUGAGAAUCUCCUUCAAGACUGUCAGUCCAGCGUGUUUCUCGCUGCCAACGUCUUGGCUUCUCAGGAAUCUCUGGCUUCCAGAGUGGGUCCAAUGAAGAUGCACUUAUUUCUCAGGUGCUGCAUGACCAAAGAUCCUAUAGCCAGAGCCCCACAGGCAGCCAGGACCCCUGGGACUGUGGCAUCUAUGUAAGAGCCUGAGCAGGUCAUGUGUACUCCCCCCCCCCCCCACGCACACACCCAGGCGAGAGGAGAGAGAGCUUCAGGAGGUCCCCCUUGAGAGAGCCUGCCAAAGAGUUGUCAGAACUGAAGGUCCUCCAGAUCAGUGAGGUGAGACAUCCCAUCCAGAGCAAGGAGUCAGUAGAGGCCUCAGGAAUCAAGGUCUGUGAGAUCUUGCUGAAGAAGGAGGAGGCUCCUCCAGAAAACUACUUCAGGAGAAGGAUAAACACUUGCUACAGUGGUUCUUUCCCAGUAGAGGCAAAAGACUGGAAGAUUCCCUUCAAAAGGGCAAGCCUUCAUCAUCCCAGGGCCAGGGACAAGUCCUGUGCAGGUCGACCAUGGACAGCGCUUCUACCGAGGCUCAGGUGGUUGUGACCGCUGUGGGGCGGAUCCUAGAGGAGAAAAUGGUGCCUCACCAGGGGCUCAGGGCCCCGCUGUUCAGCUGGUGCAAAAACAAUCUCCAGGCUUUGGCAGACCCCAAUGUCUGCUACCACAGGGUCCUCUCCUACCAAGAGAAGAGGAGAGUGAUGAGGGAGACAGCCAGUCCACAGGGCACCCCCAGGAGCCGCAGCUAUGCCAACAAGACCGAGUGGAUCGGGUGGCCCUUCACCACCAAUGUGUCGGGGUACCCAGGCAGACCCUGCCAGUACAGGUCCCUGGUGCUGGGCCCUUCAGGCUGCACCCAGCAGCCCCACUGCCCCAGGCACUGCCUCCUUCAAAGAUACAUCUCAUUCGGCCAGCCACUGUGUGCUUCUCACACCUUUCCUGGGAGGACAACUUUUCUCCAAGGAAAAAUGCAAACGAUGCAGAGAAAAACUUUUUUUUUUUUUCCUCACAUUAGCACCUUCUCUAUGCGCUAAUGGCUUCUGCGUGCCACAAUUAUUUUGCUUCCUCAAAAUAUAUGUUUUGUUUUGUUUUUUUUCUCA